AUGUCGCAGAAGGAAAUCUACUCUGACGUGGUCGAAGAAAUCGACUCAAUCGAGGACAGCCAUGGCUGCUGCAUUGCGAAGUCAGCGUCAAGAUCAACGGCCACAGCGGUCUCUCUUGACGACUCAACCAAGACACUCAAGUGGACCGUGGGAAAAUUUAACCCGAAGAAGGUGAUGUCGCCGUCGCUGAAAGGGUCAAUCGUCUUACAGCACGGUGCGGCGACGCUGGACGAAAACCCGAUCGUCCUCUUCGGGUCCAACGUCCCGUUCACGGCGGGCGUUCGCACCCUCGCCCAUGCGGGGCGGUUCCAAAAAUCCUAG